AAGCAAUAACAGUUUAAAAUUGCACAUUCGAGAGCCCCAAUGGACAGCAUGGAGGAGAACCAGCAGUUGGAUGAGUCUCGGCGGAGCAGAAACCGGGAAAUAAGAGCAAGCGUGGACACCUUGGUGCACCUCAGACGGAGCACGGAGCUCAUCAUGGACAGUGUCAUACUGAAUCUGGAUGCACUGAACAGAGCGCUGGACCAUCUGGAGGAGCGCACAGACCGCGUUCUUGCCCAGCUGCGGCAGUUCAUGCAGUCCAUUGAGGAUCUGGAUGAGUCGAAUGCGGCACGCUGGCAUGGCGGCUACGGCGAUCCAGAUGCCGCAAUUUAGGCAGCCAGCCCACCAACUCGACUGCAAAUUGAACUGUUAUUGAAAAUACAAAUUCAACAACA